GUUUUUCUCUCCAUGGAGAUGGAAUAAUUGCAGAUAAAUUGACAGGGAGGAUUCAUUGCGUGAGCAAAAGUAUAAAUACAUAAACAAUAUAUUUUCCGCUUCAAAGAAUCCAAUAAGAUAAAAAUGGAUGAAGCUAAAUUUCUAAAAAGAAAAGUAAGAUCUGGUACCUUAGAUGUUCACCCGACAGAAAAGGCUCUGGUAGUGAAUUAUGAUGUCGAGGCACUGAUAUUGGGAGAACUGGGAGAUCCUAUGCUUGGUGAUCGUAAGGAGUGUCAAAAGAUAAUCAGACUAAAAAGCUUAAACGCGGAUACGAACGUCUCCCUCUUGGCCAAAGAAGUGAUGGAAAAGUGUUCAUUGAUUCACGAAUCCAAGCUACGUGAGGUUGAACAAUUAAUUUAUUAUUUACAAAAUCGCCGGACCAAUGAUACCAAUACAGGUAAUUUAGCACAUCUUUCUUCUGCUCCAUCGUACUUUAAAAAUUUAUUACAUUUUAAAAUCUUUAUAGGUAGCGAUAGUUCUCAUCCACCAAGACCAGCAUCAUCAAAUUCAAUGAUUACAGAAAACAGUGAAGUUGAACGCGCAGUUAUUAGUAAUGUUGACAGUUAUAUUGAAUUAUUGUACGAAGAAAUACCAGGCAAGAUUAAAGGCUCAUCGUUAAUUUUACAAUUAGCAAGGGUUCCUGAUAAUCUCUUGGAAUUGACCAAAAAUGAAUCAUUAUUAAGUGCAUUAGCUCGAGUUCUAAGAGAAGAUUGGCGGCGCAGCAUAGAAUUAUCCACAAAUAUUAUUUAUAUUUUCUUUUGCUUUUCAACAUAUAGCCAGUUUCAUAAUAUUGUACUUGAAUACAGAAUUGGUUCUCUUUGUAUGGAUAUAAUUGACUUUGAAUUACGUCGUUAUGAUCAGUGGAAGGAAGACAUGGAAAAACGUCGGAAACAGUUCGAAAACACCACUGGUUUAACGUUUUUCCCAAUGGGAAAUAAUGACAAUUGUGAUAGGAAGAUUAGGAUCAUUGAUGACAUUUGGAAUAUGGAAGGUCCAUUAGAUUAUGAAGUCAAGAGGCGAUCCACAGAUAUAUCCAUAUCUGUAUCUGAGAGUGACAUUAAGAAGUUGAAAGAGGAACUUGAGAAAAGUCGCAAAAAAUUUAAGAGUUUAACUAAAAAGCAAGAACAGCUGCUGCGAGUUGCGUUUUAUCUGCUCUUAAACAUUGCUGAGAAUGCUAUGGAAGUUGAAAGAAAGAUGCGAAAAAAGAAUGUUAUUGGAAUGUUGAUUAAAACAUUAGACAGAACAAAUACUGAUUUAUUGAUAUUAGUUGUCACAUUUUUGAAGAAAUUAUCUAUCUUUCGGGAAAAUAAAGAUCUUAUGGCAGAGGAAAAUAUUAUAGACAAAUUACCAAGACUUUUACAAAAUAAUAAUACUGAUCUUGUAUUAAGCACUUUAAAGCUGUUAUUUAAUCUUUCUUUUGAUUUUAAACUGAGAGCAAGAAUGAUUAGAGUUGGCAUGCUACCAAAAUGGAUCAAGUUGCUUGGUCAAGCUGAUAUAAAAAGUAAGAGCACAAUUCUGGGCUUGCUCUAUCAUGCCAGUAUGGAUGACAAAGUAAAAGCAAUGUUUACAAAUACGGAUUGCAUUCCAAUGAUAACAAACAUGAUAUUAAAUUUCGAAGACGAACAUGUAAGGUCUGAAUUAAUAGCACUUGGUAUAAAUUUAGCUAUUAAUAAUAAGAAUGCACAACUCAUGGUGGAAAAUAAUCGUUUGCAAGGUCUUAUAAAAAUUGCAUUCAGAAAUCAAGAUGCUCUUAUAAUGAAGAUGAUUAGAAAUAUUUCUCAACACGAUUCGACGAAAGAAAAUUUUGUCGAAUUUGUGGGUGAUUUUGCUAUGGCUUUGACUCAAUCUGAUUCUCAAGAUUUUGUACUAGAAGUAAUUGGUGUAUUGGGCAACUUAGAAUUGCCUGACUUGGACUAUUCUCAAGUCAUUCAACGUUGUAAUCUUAUACCAUGGAUACGUAAUAAUUUAGUUCCAGGUAAGGCACAAGAUGAUUUAGUUCUUGAGGUUGUCAUAUUUUUGGGCACUGCGGCUUACGAUGAAGAUUGUGCCCGUUUAUUGUGCAAGGCUGAUAUACUUCUCUCUCUCAUCGAGCUUCUUAAAGCUAAACAAGAAGACGAUGAAAUGGUUUUGCAAAUAAUUUACGUUUUUUAUCAAAUUGCAAAACAUGAUUCAACGCGAGAUUAUUUGAUUCGCGAGACUGGCAAUGAAGCUCCUGGAUAUUUGAUCGAUUUAAUGCACGACAAAAAUCCUGCAAUCAGAAAAGUCUGUGAUACGUGUUUAGAUGUCAUUGCUAUGUGCGACAAGAAUUGGGCGGCGCGCAUAAAAGUGGAAAAGUUCCGGUCGCACAAUCAGCAGUGGCUGGAAAUGGUUGAAUCUAUAGGAUCGGAUUCGACCAAUCAUUUGUUAACGGAUGACGACGAUAGUCUAUCUCCAUUUAUUAGUGGUGACCUAUUAAAACAUACUAUACUGUUUCCCUCUGGUAAUGCAGCAUCAUUUAAUGCAGAUGAUGGAUUUUCAAUUAUGAAAAAUUCAUCAGAAUCAUCUGAAAAUCCUAGUCGGCCUGUCAGUAGGUAUCGAGAUCUCGAUGACAUAGGCGAACUCGUGGCGCGUUCUAAAUCUCGCAUGUCCAUUGGUUCAGGUAUAGAGGAUUUAUAUUACAAUUCUAGAGUGAAAUUCAGUGAUACAGAUAGUUCCCACGUAUUGAUAUAAAAAUUAAUUCCAAUGUUCUGAUGUAGAUAUGUGAUCUAACUUUUCAAAAAUAUCUAGGACAUUUUACAUUAUCUGAACAUCAUAUAUGUUUGAUGUAAAAAGACAAAAAGGAAAAAAAGAAAUGUUUGCAAUACUAUUUAUAAAACCACAUGCCUGCUCGAACCAAAGAUUUUAUUAUACAUAUAGACUGCUUUGAUCUCAUAGUUAAGUACCUUAGUAUUUUUUUAUUUCUUUUUUUUUUAAUAUAUUGAGUUAUUUAUAGACAUCAAAGCACUUUACACUGAUGCAUAGUGCACUAUUAUGUUGCAAAUAAUUAAUAAUUAGGAUAUUAAUUAUAUUCAAAUCUUUUUUAUCUUAUAAUAGGCUUUCAGACAGUGAGGAUAGCAUAAAUGUAUAUGUGGUUAAAUGUAAAAUUAGUAUUUACAAUAUUUUUAAUCUCGUGUAGUAUUUAUAUAUCGUUAAUAUCAGUUAAUAAGAAGACAAGCGGUGUAUGAAAAUAUUGAAUGUUUUAUAGUAAAAGAAUAGAAUACUAUAUUUCACGACAUUUUUAUUCAUUACAGCCAAUUGUGCGAUAAAUUACAUAGAUAUGUAUAUAAUUUCAUA